UCUGGUCGAAUUCAAGGCAAACGAUGGCGUUUUGGACGAUAUUACGGCGUUGAUCCAAUUUUGUUAUCAAAGUCCAAUGCCGGAGGUCCUGAAGAAUAUGGUGGUACACUAUGCUGCUUGUCGGGUGGAUGCCUUGUGGCAUAGGUCGGAUUUUCAAAACUUGGUAGAGGAAAAGGGUGAAUUUGCGAAGGCUUUAGUCGGUUCGAUGUUGUCGAAGCGAGUACUGUCUGUAUUUGAAGGGCAUGGCUUGUAAUAAGCUUGAAGAAC